AUGGCUAUGACGAACUACGUUGCAUGGGAUCUCGAGCGGGAACACGGUGAUCUCGGGCUUGACAGCCCUGCUCGAAAACCUCCCUUGUCGCCUUUAGGCCAGGUGUUGACUUCCAAAAUAGCCAGUAAAUCUGUUCAGAAGUACAUGGAAGAGAUUGUCGAUGCUGCUGGAGGGAACGUAAGCUUGGCAAAAGCAAGACUCGACUUGCUACAUACGAUGGAAACUCUAGACGAUUUAGAGGCAAGACGAGACCAACUCCCAACCAACAUCGUCGCAAUGUUCGAAUCUGGUCUCAAGCGCAUAGAGACACAGCCAGGCAACCAGCAUGAGAUAGCCUUGAAAGCACUAGGGGCCGCAGCAACCGAUAUAAGAGGAGCAGAAGUCCCGGUUCUCCGAGAAAAGCUGCAAAAAUUCGAUAUCCGCAGCGGCGAAGACAUCCUUGAAGCUGUACGAGGGUUUCUUCUGAGCACACCAACCGAUACCGAAAGCCUGCGACUUGCCGCAUUCCAUCUGAGCUUUUUCCGCUAUAUCACCGAGCGUUCAUGGGACUACCAUCGUCGGUCAUGGGAGUCGUUGAGAGGCGAAUGGGACAUUGAUGCGCCUUCACACUCCCGUGGGGAUUCAAAAUUCACGACCAAGAAGGAGAAGGAUCGGUGCGUGUUCUGCUGGACUUUGGGGCAGGAUAUCGAGAAGCUUUCUCCGCUGCUGAAGCACGAGAAGAACGCAUGGCCCGUAUACAGAUGGAACAUCAGAAGCCUCGCCAAGAUUCGAGAGAGCCUGGAGGCGAUAGUCGUGACAUUCCGCUAUGUACAUCCCGUAAGCGAAAUCAGAAACAGCGCGUAUACGAAAGUUGCGCUGCCAACACGAACCUUCUUUCUCUUUCCCGAAGCCGAAAUGCAGCCACUGCCUAAGCUAGAGGACCUUGGGCCUUCAACAAAUCCAGAGCACAACGGCGGUCAUCAAAUAAGAGCUUGGGUCCACAAUUGCGAUACCACACAUGAGGACUGUAUGAAGCGUAGGAAACUCACGCCCAAGUCUAAGCGCUUCAUUCCCACUCGUUUACUGGAUAUCAGCGAAGAACCGGGAGAACCGAUACGAGUCAUCGAGACAGCGACUACGUCUGUUCAAGGACCAUACUGCACGUUGUCGCAUUGCUGGGGUUUGAUAGAGUUUCAGCAACUUCGCGAUGCGAACAGAGAGCGUUUCAUGAAAGAGGGCAUCCCAUGGCAUCUCUUCACAAAGAAUUUUCAGGACGCGAUCGAGGUUGCUCGUUCAUUGGAAGUUGGCUACAUAUGGAUAGAUAGCUUGUGUAUUAUCCAGAAGAGCAAGGCGGAUUGGGAUAAAGAAGCGGGUCGCAUGCAUCUUGUGUAUCGUAAUAGCUACUGCAAUAUAGCUGUUGUAGAUUCCAAGGAUAGCACUGGAGGAGCAUUUCGGAAUAGAGAUCCAGAGAAUGUCGCGCCGGUACGGUACAGGCCUGUUAACGACUCGCCGCUGUUUGGCAACAAGGAAAAGGAAUGGAUAGUGGUUGCCGAAGAUCUGUGGGAGCGCGAGCUCAUUCAGUCAUUCCUCUAUGUUCGUGGCUGGGUAUUCCAAGAGCGAAUGCUGGCGCCACGCAUCCUCCACUUCGCUGAGAAACAGAUUUUCUGGGACUGCCCUUCACUAAGUGCUUGCGAAACGCUUCCAGGCGGUUUACCGCAACCUAUGGAUAGAGUAGCCGGCCCAGACCGACACUGGAGAGGCCGCCUCCAAGUAUCUGAAGGUAGCGAUGAGCCCUUGGCAGGCGCCAUAGACCAGCCUAUGGAAUCCUUCUGGAAAACAGCCGUCCGCAAAUACACAAGUUGCAACCUCACCAACGGCAGCGACAAGUUGAUCGCCAUGUGGGGUAUCGCGAAGCUAGUACGAGACGCUCUAGGCGUUGAAUACGCUGAAGGCCUGUGGCAAGCAGACCUAGAAGACCAGCUAUCAUGGCACGUCGCCGAAUGCAAACUGCUGAAGCGACCCAGUGAAUGUCCGGAAUGGAACCUAGCCAGAAAUAUCCCUUCCUGGUCCUGGGCAUCCAUGGACGGCGAAAUCGUGGUCCCAGACCGCAUGUCCGACAAACCACACUACAGAGUCACCGACCAUAACGGCCGGCCCAUAAAAGUCAACAUAAAAGGCAGGCAGAGUCUUACACAAGCUAUAGCUAGCAGAACUGUCCCUCAAGCCCCGCCCGCGCCUGUACGCGUGCGAAGUGAUUCCGGAGCAGAGAUCCAGCGUCGAAACGUGCAGUCGCGCAAAGAGCAUGGGGACCUAAGCGGAGAAAAGGAAUUCCACAAAAGCGUUGUUCCCGAGAAAAUAAAUGAUGACGAGGAACCCAAACUCGUCAGCCAAUCGAUCCGGAUCCAGGGACGCAUUGGCCGGGGCAGACUGGAGGGUAACGACGCGGGCGACAAGUGGACGCUGCAGGUCCGCGGUACUGCGGAUUUCGAAAUCGAAGCAUUUCCCGACACGGUUCCUAAUUUGAGGGAUCCGGUCGACGUGUGGCCGUUUUAUGUGGUUUUGUCUGCGAAACAAGUCUAUAUCCCACAGUCCUUUUUGAGCAAGGUGUCGGAACCACAGCAUAUACAGAGGAGAGAUACGAACAGGGAUACCCAUCGGCUUGCGAGUAUCGAUGAGUUGGUAGAGGCUGAACCGGAAGAAGAAGUCGAUUAUGCAGGGCAUGGCAUCUUAUUGAAACCGACCGGUGGAAACCACUUCCGUAGGACAGGAGCUUUUCGCUUUGCGCAUGCGAGUGAGCGUGUCUUUCAGAUAUUGCAAGGACAGGAGAACUGCAGAUUUUGGUUGGACUAG